AUGACCAGAAACCUGAAGCACUAUGUACCUCUGAGCGGUUACUGAGAAUCCAGGACGGAUCUAGAGGUGCAGAUCCAACAAUUGGUCACAUUGAAGCUUUUGGCAAUGACUUCCAUCAGUUGGAGAUGUUACAGCAGCAGGGGAUGGAGGAGCAGAGAGCGGGGAAAGGAGGGGUGAAGGUGAAGUAUCAGGCAAGGUAUGACUGUUUAGCAGAGGAGAUCCCUAGCCACUCACCUCAUUUCUGUUUCAUUUUCCAGGUCAUUAAAUGCAAAGCUGCUGUUCUUUGGGAGAUCAACAAACCCUUGCCCAUUGCCCCGCCCAAGGCCAGUGAAGUUCGCAUUAAGAUUGUGGCAACAGGAAUCUGUCUCUCUGAUGACCAUGUGAUAAGUGGGACAUGGCAUUACCCCAUCCCAAAAAUCCUGGGGCAUGAGGCUGCAGGGAUUGUGGAAAGUGUUGGAAAAAAGGUGACUCCUGUAAAACCAGGUGACAAAGUCAUCCCAUUCUUUACUCCAUGCUGCAGGGAAUGCAAAAUUUGUAAGCACCCAAAUGGCAACCUUUGCUCUGAAAAUGACCUAAGUGCCACUAGAGGCACCUUGCCAGAUGGUACAACCAGAUUUACCUGCCAAGGGAAGCCUAUUCAUCAUUUCCUUGGCACAAGCAUGUUCACUGAGUACCACACAGUGGUCGAUGAAAUCUCCCUUGCAAAGAUUGAUUCAUCCGCUCCUCUGGGAAAAGUUUGCCUGGUUGGCUGUGGAUUUUCCACCAGUUAUGGUUCUGCAGUAAAAGUUGCCAAGGUGAGAAAGAGGGUCACUCCUGGCUCUACAUGUGUUGUCUUUGGCCUGGGAGGUGUUGGCUUGUCAGUGAUCAUGGGCUGCAAGUCAGCUGGAGCUUCCCGGAUCAUUGGGGUGAACAUUAACAAGGACAAAUUUGCAAAGGCCGAAGAGUUAGGUGCUACUGAGUGCAUUGACCCUCAGAACUACAAGAAACCCAUCCAAGAUGUUCUGGUUGAAAUGACCGAGGAUGGUGUUGAUUUUUCAUUUGAAGUUAUUGGCUGUCUGGAUACAAUGAAAGCUGCCCUUCAAGUCAGCAAAAGGCUUAUGGAGUUUGUGUCAUUGUGGGUGCCCCCUAGUGGCCAAAAACUUUCUUUCAAUCCUAUGAUGCUUUUGACUGGACGCACCUGGAAAGGAGCUACUUUUGGAGGUUUUAAAAGCAAAGAUAAUGUCUCCAAGCUAGUCUCUGCUGUUAUAGCCAAGAAAUUUAACUUGUAUGCGUUAAUAACAUAUGUUUCUACUUUUGAUAAGAUUAAUGAAGGAUUUGAUAUGCUGCACUCAGGAGAGAGCAUUCGCACCGUUCUGAAAAUGUGAGAUCAAUCAUAUAACCCCAUCUGGAAGAUUCUUUUUGGUCCAUUUUGCCAGCAUCCUUAUUGUAUCUCUAAGGAGUUACCAGGACAUCAAUAAAAGCUUUCAGUAAUUCAAUCACCAAGUUGACCAAUGGAAUUCUGCAGCUAAACAGAUUAAUGUUUAAUACGAAAAGAUUUUUAAGUCAAUGUCUCAAAUUCAUGUUAGAGCAAAGGGAAAUAAGAAAAGUUAAUUAGGAGCUUGAUAGAAGGUCAUACUUUUCAGUCUGAUCAUUGUUAAGUAUUAGACCUUGGACAACUGACGACCUUCAAUGAAAUGGCAGGGAGCCAUCAUCAUCCAUGCCCCUUCCUCAUUGAUGGGCCAUUAUGCUUGCCACUUUCUGCCUCUCAGCCUUCUCCCUUUUUCUCAUCAGCAAAUGUUUGGGGCUCUAUUCAGAACAUUUCAAUACAUAAAAUAAAACUUGCUGAAUGAAAAUACA